CAAAUAAAUUAUCAUGCAAGAAUAAAAUGACAGUGAAACUGAGUAAGUUGAUUUAAAAGAAACAGAAUUUGUCACUCUCAAAGAUAAAGAGUAUCAAAUAGAUUUAAAUCUUAUUCUCAAAACUAGCAUCGAUUAGAAUUUUAUAGAUAUCAUGACAGAAGAUUAGAAGUAAAGACCAGUGCUCAUAAGUAUUUAGAACUAAUGAA